CUCUUGGCUUUGACGCCACAUCAGACCUUCCUAGCAUCAAAAAGACAAGCAUGCCAAGUACUUGACGGCAGGAGGCACGAGGACGACCAUCUCGCUCUUUCCCUUUCCGACAAGAGAGCAUGGCCGACCGGGAACAACAUCAGCAACUUGCUGGUGCUGCUGCUGGUGGUGCCGACGCUGACGCCGACGCUGACGCUGGCAAAGGCCAACACACGAUGUUGAGAUCCGAUCGCGACCUCGAGGCUGCCACGACAGAAUCGCAGCCACAGACCGACCUGGAGAAAAACAUCGACAAUUCAACAGGCGACGUCGACUCUGGUGCGUCUACAGAUUCCAAAGUGGACCGCGAUCCGAAUGUCGUCGCCUGGGAUGGACCCGAUGACCCGGAGAAUCCUCUCAACUGGCCAGAGAGCCGUAAAUGGCUCGGACUUGGCCUCAUCUCAGCCAUGACUCUUGUGACGCCACUGGGCUCCUCGAUGUUCGCGCCAGGCAUUCCCGGCAUCAUGGUCGAGUUUGGUGAGAGUUCUGCGACAGUCGCCACCUUUGUGGUCUCGGUGUACGUUCUCGGCUUCGCAUUUGGUCCUCUUGUCGUCGCCCCUCUGAGUGAGACAUACGGCCGGGCACCUCUCUACCGCUGGGGCAACGUUCUUUUCGUGGUCUUCUCCGUGGCCACCGCCCUUUCGCGGAACAUGGACAUGAUGAUGGCCUUCCGCUUCCUCAUGGGCCUCGCCGGCUCCGUCCCCCUCACCAUCGGAAGCGGCAGCAUCGCCGAUAUGAUGCCGAUCGAGAAGAGAGGACGGGCCAUGGCGGUAUGGGCUCUUGGCCCCCUCAUCGGCCCUUGCGUCGGUCCCGUUGCGGGUGGUUAUCUCAUCCAGGCUGCCGGUUGGGAAUGGGUGUACUGGCUGGUUGCUAUUCUUGCCGGCAUCUUCAUCCCCCCCUCCUUCUUCCUCAUGCGGGAGACCUACCAUCCCGUCCUCCUUCAGAGGAAAACCAACCGCCUCCGCAACGAAACCGGCAACACCGAGCUCCGCAGCGCACUCGCUUCCAAGGAGACACCGGCGGAAAGGUGGAAGAACGCCAUCCUCCGGCCGCUCAAGCUUCUCGUCUUCACCCCCGUCAUCACGCUCAUGGCGCUCUACGUCGCCAUCGUGUACGGCAUCAUGUACCUUCUCCUCACCACCUUCUCGUUCGUCUACGCACAACAGUACGGCUUCGACGAGGGCACAGUCGGCCUCACCUUCCUCCCGGCCGGCAUCGGCAUGAUGAUCGGCGUGGUGCUCUUCGGGGGGUUCACCGACUUCCUCGUCAAGCGCAAGCAGGCGCAGGGCGCCGAGCUCAAGCCCGAGGUGAGGCUGACGCCGGCGCUCGCCAUGCCCUGCGCCGUGGCGCUGCCCUUGGGACUCUUUUUGUACGGCUGGACCACGCACUACGCCGUGCACUGGGUCGUGCCCAUGGUGGGCGUGGUGAUUUUCAGCUGCGGCCUCAUGGGCGUCAUGAUGUGCGUCCAGAACUACCUCCUCGACGCGUUCCCGCAGUACGCCGCCUCGGUCACGGCCGCCCUGGCUGUCCUCCGGUCCCUCGCUGGUGCGCUGCUGCCCCUUGGCGGUUUGGAGAUGUACAACGACCUCGGCCUCGGGUGGGGGAACAGUCUCCUGGGCUUCAUCUCCGCUGCUAUGAUUCCUCUUCCCCUCUUGUUCUUCGUGUUCGGCGAGCGCAUUCGGGGACGCACGAAGCUCAGGGUAUAAUCACUGGGGGGGGG